AUGACCGCAGCAGCGCAGAGAGCUGGGAGGAAGACUCUCCAUCUCCCAACGCAGCGUCGCCGCUCUUGCUUCACAACGACAACCACAGGCCACCGCAAUCGCAUCAACACCAAGAACAGCCGGAACACCAAGAACAGGAACCACUGCCGCGCCCCUCUUGCAGUGCUUGAGCGAACGGCAGUGUCUGGAAGCGAGGGCGGAUACCUAAAACUCUGGGACGUGGAAGCACGCAAUCCUCUGCAUGACGACCCAAUUGCGACGCAAAAUCACGCUGCCCAUGCCGUCACCGCGCUGUGCAUGUUACGGGGCAAUCGCUUUGCAUUCGCCAGAAAGGAUGGGAGCAUCCAACUGUGGAACAUGAACAUGGGUACAGAUCAGCGCUUCCAAGGUCGACGCAAUGCCCACAUCGGAGGUGUCACCUGCCUUGCCGUUACACCUGACGGCCAGCACCUGGUGUCGGGAGGGCGCGACUGUACCAUCAGGGUCUGGCACGUUAACCACGACGAUGACGGCGACCACGGUUUGCAGCUCCGCAACCAAAUCAACACACGCGGGUCCGUGCAUAAUCUUGCACUGGACGCAGAUGGCCAGCGCAUCGUGUCCGUCUCAUGGUAUGGCCCGCUCCUCGUGCCACAACUGUGGGCAAGCGUGGUCACAUACGUUGUCUGUGUGAGUUUGGUCUUGGGCUCGGUGGCGUUGGCGAUACUGCACAGCCUGUGGUGGCUGUUCCUUGCCGCGCUCACAGCCAUAUUCCUCUGGCUCAUCACGGGCACAUCGACACAAGUGCAAAUGCACGAUGUGGACACCGGCCGCUUGUGCACAAGCAGGGGCCUCGUUUCCUGGCUGACAGGCUUCCAUAACCCACUACGCUUCACGUUCACCAGCUAUGCACGCUGCACGGUUAUUGAUGGGUAUGUGCUUGUCUUGGAUGACGACGGGCAAUGCACUUUCUUCACCUGGGACGACCCCAUUGACCAACUCGUUAAGAUCGGCGCGCUCCAGACGCGCGUGCGCGACCAACCACCAGCUCUGUGCACCCUGUUCAGCAAUGACGAACCCAUGCAGCCAUGUGUUAUCAUAAGCGGAGAGGUGCCAGCCAUAUUCAACAUCGCAACAGCCGUCCAAGUCUUCGCCUUGCAGGCGGGUGCUGUUCGUGGGUCACAGCUGCGUUCUACUAAACGGAUGUUUGAGUUUCUGAAGCAACGCGUCGUGACUGAAGGGGUAUCGACACCACUCGAUGAUUCUCAGCUACUGGCGCGGCUCAACAAUGACAUGUCGGCAGAAGACUGCCUCUCGUGGGCGGAGAAGCAAGCGGAUGAGAAGAAGCCAUUCUACAACGUGCUGGAAGCCCUGAUCUGGAAGCACGUCGUGCACGCAAACCCGGAGCGCGCAAUGACGCUUCUUGCCCAGCGGCUUGAGCUGCCCCCAGUUCCCCGCAGGCUUGUGCCGAAUGGCAGCAUACCUCAUUCGAAAGCCUGGGUGCGACACGGUGACUUUGUAGUGUUGAGGAAGGAGGUGCUGGCGCGCGCGCUUGAAGCAGGUGCCUUGGAUCGAGGUGCACAACCCCACACGCGAGCAUCGCUCAGGGAGAUUGAAAGGGAGAUUAGGCGACAGAAGAACAAGAAGGCGGAGAGGGUUGCGACGAAAGCCCUCUUGAUGGAUGUGCAGCACAUGACACCGCUGCUGUCCGUGCUCGUGCACAACAAGGCAUCCCAGUUCUUUGAGCUGCUUGCCAUUCGCGCUGCCGUUGAGCACAAGUGGCGCGCGAACAAACCCCCGUUCGUGUGCGAGGCUGUUGUGCGGGUGGUGCAGCUGGCCAUGCUCGUUGCCGUCUCCGUCUCCAUUCGCGACUGGGAGGAGCGGUUCCUGGUCCGCCCAAUAUGGGAACAGGUCCUCAUUAUUGCGCUGUUCGUGCUUGACUUUCAAAACAUCAAUUCGCUUGAACUCCGCUACGACACCACCAACAAUCGGUUCAGGGGAAACAUCUGGACCUUGUUCAACCUCGCGCGCAUCAUCACCAUGACCACGCUGCUGACUCUCCUUCUCAUACCCAACGAGAACGCCCGCACCGCCCUGGCCUUCUCCGUGUUCUUCCACUGGAUUGGGCUUUUCCAGUUCCUGGUGGCCUGGGACAAGACGGGGCCCGUUGUGCUCAUGAUUUUCAGCAUUCUCAGAGACACGUGGCCGUUCAUCUUGGUGCUCGCCCUGGUCGUUGCAGGGUCUACAAACGCCCUGUAUGUGUUCCUGCAUCAGCCCCACCCAAACCCUGCACUGGCUGCUUCGCCAAACCACGUCGCCGGCGCAACCGCCUCGGGCUGCCGCCCGGGUGUCAAUGCUGCCGCCCCUGGGUUUGAAGACUUUGCGCAAGCCCUGUUCUCCACAUCGCUGAUGCUGCUGUUCGGGAACAUUGACACGGGCAUCUUUGACGUGGACGAACAAGGAGCGCCCGCGAUGGUGCGCAUCUUGUUUCUGCUUGUUGCUGUGCUGACGCUGGUGAUCCUGCUGAACCUGCUGAUCGCGGUGCUGUCAGACUCGUACGAGCGCAUCCAAGCAACUUCGGCAAGGGAGCUCACGCUUGCACGUGGCAUCAUCGUGGACGCGGGCUACAACCACCCGAGUGCCCGGCUGCUCUUGCGCGUGCUGUAUCUGCUCCACAUUGUGUCGACAUCGUCACCCGAGGCGUCAGAUGAGGCAGUCGUCCUCAUCCCCGCGAGUGCGGAGCAGCGGACGAAGGUGCGACCGGAAUGGCAGGGCGCCAUGCAAGAGAUCAAGCAUCGCAUUAAUGACUUGGAGGCGAAAGUUGAUGGGAAGCUGAAAGAGGUGGACGACAAGCUCGACCGCCUGCUUCAACUCACGAGCCGCACAGACGAACAUGUCAUGACACAUGAUACAUCGCAAAGCGACUGCAAAUGUACAAAUCUGCCAGCGUACACAUGA